GGCGAAGGAGAGCGGGCUAGGGUCGCGGCGGGACUCUGGAGGCGGCCGUUUCUUUGGCGUGUGGAUCACAAGCGGAGUGGGCUCAUCCCGCCCACGGCUCCCGGGACCCGGCAGGGUUCUAGGGGGGUUUUGUUUUGUUUUAAAGGGGCGGGGGUGUAAGGGAGGAGGAGCAUGUACAGAAUACUGACUGGAACGUUAAUUGGAGCAUUUCAGUUGCGAAGAGUAGAGUAAUUUCAUACUCUUCUUUUUUCAUUUGCUCCGCGGGGUUAACUUCAUUUCUGAAUUCUCAACUUUGAAGCCGCCCAGUGUGUUUGGCAGAAUUUGACCGAAUUCAGGGGUGAGAGGUUGAUCCACUCCAAGUGCAUUUUAAUUAGGGCACGCAGUUCAACCACUGUUAACGAUGGGGUUUCUGAAGACCUGUGUUCUUAGAAAUACCUGUACUGCGGUUUGCUUCUGGAGAAGCCACGUUGUGCAGAAGCCUUCAGUUAGAAGAAUUAGUACUACCUCUCCAAGGACCAGUGUCAUGCCCGCUUGGGUGAUAGAUAAAUACGGGAAUAAUGAAGUGCUUCGAUUUACUCAGAACAUGGCUAUACCUAUGAUACACUAUCCAAAUGAAGUCAUUAUCAAAGUGCACGCUGCAAGUGUAAAUCCUAUAGAUGUCAAUAUGAGAAGUGGUUACGGAGCUACAGCUUUAAAUAUGAAACGUGAUCCUUUACAUAUUAAAAUCAAAGGAGAAGAAUUUCCCCUGACGCUGGGUCGGGAUGUCUCUGGGGUGGUGAUGGAAUGUGGACUUGACGUGAGGUACUUCAAACCUGGAGAUGAGGUCUGGGCUGCAGUUCCUCCCUGGAAACAAGGCACCCUCUCAGAGUUUGUCAUAGUCAGUGGGAAUGAGGUCUCUCACAAGCCCAAGUCCCUCACUCAUACUCAAGCUGCCUCUUUGCCGUACGUGGCCCUCACAGCCUGGUCUGCCAUAAACAAGGUUGGUGGCCUGAAUGACAAGAACUGUGCAGGAAAACGUGUCUUAAUCUUGGGUGCUUCAGGUGGAGUUGGUACUUUCGCUAUUCAGGUAAUGAAAGCAUGGGAUGCUCACGUGACAGCAGUUUGCUCUCAGGAUGCCAGUGAACUUGUAAGGAAGCUUGGGGCAGAUGAUGUAAUUGAUUACAAAUCCGGGAAUAUGGAAGAGCAGUUGAAAUCUUUAAAACCGUUUGACUUUAUCCUCGACAAUGUUGGUGGAUCCACUGAAACAUGGGCUCUAAAUUUUCUCAAGAAGUGGUCAGGAGCCACAUACGUGACUCUGGUGACUCCUUUCCUCCUGAACAUGGACCGAUUGGGCAUCGCAGAUGGCAUGUUGCAGACAGGCGUCACCGUGGGUUCUAAGACAUUAAAGCACUUCUGGCAAGGAGUCCAUUAUCGCUGGGCCUUUUUCAUGGCCAGUGGUCCAUACCUAGAUGACAUCGCAGAACUGGUGGAUGCAGGAAAGAUUCAGCCUGUUAUUGAAAAGACCUUUCCUUUCUCUAAAGUUCCAGAAGCCUUCCUGAAGGUAGAGAGAGGACAUGCACGAGGAAAGACCGUAAUUAACGUUGUUUAAAUAAAUUCUCAGUUUGGUGA